GGAUAUUAAAAAGAAGCUGUGGAGUGAAGUGAAGUGAAACGAGUUCGCUCCUAGAAGGAGAAUACCGUGCGCGCAGUUUCGCACCUAUUGCUUUCGGAGGACAGAAGGCGACACAACCUGCAUCUGUUGCACACCACAUUAAAGUUCCUGUUCAGGAGCAGGCUUGGGAAGCUGCGAGCUUCUACUAGAUCAGGGUUGGUGAGUUUUGGAUGGGUACUCGGGAGGGAUUCCCGGAGCGGCCCGGAUGGGAUGCACAGUGAGCUUCAUUUGCUGCGAAGAGGAUUUUCUGCAGAUGCCUUUGGAUCAGAAUGAAGAGAAAAAGAAAGAGAAAAAGAGGCUGUUAGCUAAGCCGGAGGAUUUUGAGGCCGUUCACUCCCACACAUUCCGGGUGAAGACGUUUAAGAAGAGCAAGCACUGCGGUGUGUGCAAACAGACACUCAGCAAGGAGGGACUCAUCUGCAGAGUGUGUCGCUUGACUUGCCACAAGAAAUGUGAAGUUAAGGUUUCAGCCUCAUGUGUUCCCACUGCUAACUAUGAGUUGGCUCCCAGCAAUGACAUCCCACUAAAACAUGUAGAAACAAUGGGUUCCACUAAAUCUUCCAAGAGCAUGGAGUCACGCCGUAGACCAUCCAGCCGAAGUGUGAGUCUGAUCCAGGCGAUGGAGGAGAACUAUGAGGUGGACCUGGUGUACAUAACAGAGAGGAUCAUAUCAGUGUCGUUCCCAACCAGCGUGGAGGAGGAGAGCUACAGUGCCAACCUGAAAGAAGUAGCCAGCAUGCUCCGUUCUAAACAUGGAGACAACUACUUGCUCUUCAACCUGAGUGAAAAACGAUAUGAUAUCUCCAAACUGCAUCCCAAAGUGCUGGACUUUGGCUGGCCCGAUCAUCAUGCUCCAGCUUUGGAUAAGAUCUGCAGCAUAUGUAAAGCCAUGGACACUUGGAUGAGUGCUGACAGCCAUAACGUUGUGGUUCUGCACAAUAAGGGAAAUCGUGGGAGAACAGGGGUUGUUGUGGCUGCAUAUAUGCAUUAUAGCAAUAUUUCAGCAAGUGCGGACCAGGCUCUGGACAGGUUUGCCAUGAAGAGGUUUUAUGAAGAUAAAGUACUUCCUGUGGGUCAACCUUCCCAGAAAAGGUAUGUGCAGUAUUUCAGUGGGCUGCUCUCUGGCCACAUCAAAAUCAACAACAAGCCUCUGUUCCUGCAUCACGUCAUCAUGCAUGGCAUCCCCAACUUUGAGUCUAAAGGAGGUUGCCGCCCUUUCCUCAAGAUCUACCAGGCCAUGCAGCCAGUCUACACAUCAGGGAUCUAUAAUGUCCAAGGUGACAGCCAAACAAGCAUUUGCAUAACUAUUGAACCUGGUUUACUGCUGAAAGGAGACAUUCUGCUUAAGUGUUAUCACAAGCGCUUCCGCAGCCCUUCCAGAGACGUCAUUUUCAGAGUUCAGUUUCAUACCUGUGCUGUCCAUGACCUUGGCCUUGUCUUUGGAAAGGACGAGCUAGACGAGACAUUUAAAGACGAUAGAUUUCCAGAAUAUGGGAAAGUAGAAUUUGUCUUCUCAUUUGGGCCAGAGAAAAUCCAAGGAAUGGGCCACCUAGAAAAUGGGCCCAGUGUUUCUGUUGACUACAAUACCCAGGAUCCUCUAAUUCGCUGGGACUCCUAUGAAAACUUCAAUCAGCGCUUUGAAGACUCAAUGGAAGACGUCAUUCAUAUGCAAGGUCCUCUGGAUGGUAGCCUCUACGCUAAAGUCCGUAAAAAAGAGUCAGUGGAUGCUACAGCAAACGGCUUUCCCACAGCAGUUGAGCCCACUGUCGAACACACUCCUGCCCCAGUGGACCACGCUCUGUCAGUUAGCAGUGAUUCUGGAAAUUCAACUGCCUCCAUUAAGACUGAUCGCACUGAUGAAACAGCCCAGCAGGCAGUACCGGUGAUCCAGCAGCCCAGUCAGCCCCUCAGCCCUGAGGAGAAGCAAGAGCUGGACCAACUGCUUAGUGGCUUGGAACCUCCCAUGCACCAACCAGGUUACCACAAUAGUCACGGAGGAGGAGGUGGAGGAGGAGGAGGUGUUAUCCGUCACCUGGUUCCAGCUCAGGUCCAUGUUAAUGGACACAAUAGCAUAGAUAGGGAGACUGACAUCCUGGAUGACGACCUGCCUAAUAGUCAAGAAGGCAACAGUGUGGACAGCCUGGGUACUCUGUCAUCGCUUGAGGGUCGAGCCACUCCAGCUGACCUGUACUACCAAACUGAGACAGUGAUCAAUGGUCAGGGCAUGCCCUACCUGGAUGAGAGCGGGCAAGGAAAAGAGGCAGAACCUAUGAUGCUACUUUAUGGCUCUUCCGCCUCCACUCAGGAGAACCUGGGCCACUCAGAGCUACCGUCCAGCAGUUACACCAACCACAAUGGAGGCAUCUGUCGCUCACAGUCUUUUGGUGUGACACCCAACACUGAACAGAAGCUCAUGCCCAAAGCUCCAGCACGUACCACCAGCAGCAGAGAUGCUGUUCAGCGAGGGCUUAAUGUCUGGCAGCAGUUUGGUGUUCCAGAGGAACCAGCUGUAGAUGGGGUAAACUUCAGCCCUGUACUCCAGAGUCACAGCCUACCUGAAUUCCCUAAAGCACCUUCUCAGAAUGAGAUUGAACAAUCCAUUGAAGCUCUCAAUCUGCUCAUGCAGGACUUGGAUCCAGCUCAUAUGCAAGUUCCUAAGUCCUACAGUGCCCCUUCUGGUGAGGGCCCUGUCAUUACAACCCAGCCAUUCUUCUCCCAGACACAGGCUCGACCGUCCUAUCAGGCCGAUGCUGCCAUACAUUCAGUGCUUGAAUACUCACAACCGCAGCAACAAGCCUUACCUGUCCAAAAGUCUCCAUCUGCAUUGCAGUUCCAUCUUACAGAAGCCUCUCCUCAAAGUAACCAAAGGUCAGCAGUUCCAUACCAUUCCUCAGUUCCAGAUCCUGCUGGUGUGAUCCACUCUUCUGGACCACCUCUUACAGUUGGCAAUCUGGAGCUGAAGCCCCUGAAUACUUAUCCCUCCAGCACAGGCUCUCAGUUUCCUGAUCAUCCAGAGCCUAGUUCACACAGUGCCCCCUUCAGGAGCUACUCAACCUCCUCCCCACUCCCCGGAGAGGCUGAACCUGAGAAUUCAAGCCACAGCCUUGAAGGACUGGUGGCUCACCGUGUGGCAGAGUACACGGCUCGUAUACAAGACCUCAAAGACAAAACAGCCACUGAACCUGACUACCGCCGCCGCUCUUUCUCCUUCUCUGGAGUGCAAUCUCCUGAGGCAUCAACAGAUGAAGGCACAGGACCAGGACGACACCGGACUACAAGUGAAGGACAGUCCCGCGAUGACAGCCCUACCCGAGUCCGUUCCCCCAUUCGCUGCAUUUCACCGGAACUUGCUAAUACCAUUGCUCUAAACCCAGGGGGCCGGCCAAAGGAGGGACAAAUGCACAGUUACAGAGAAGCAUUUGAAGAGAUGGAUGGAGGUCCAGUGAGCCCUCCAGCAUUUGUGGGCGGUGAGGUCCUCCCCCAAACCCCUGCAUUCCCUGUCUCGCCACAAACCCCUUACUUCAACCUGUGCCGUUCUCCUCCAGGUUUGGCUAAAACACCACUGUCCUUCCUGGGUCUGAAGCCACACAACCCAGCUGAGAUUGUUCUAAACCAAACAGGCUCAGAGAAUGAGGAAGAGGAAGAGCCUCUGAGCUAUGUGGCAUCUGUUGCUCGCUCAGCAGCAGUGGCUGGGGGGCAGCCAUCCAGUCCAGUGUCUUCUACAUUUGAGAGUGGCAGUUUGGCCAGAGGAGCUUCUCAUCCCUUAAAUCCCCCACUGUCUUCCAGCAGCCCUGUACAAAUACCAGAGGCAGAGAAUGCCAUGGCUGAUAGUAGAGUGGGUCAAAACACACCAUCUGAAGGUGUGGGAGACUCUGGUUUCCGCUCAUUGCCCUCCCAGAGCACCUCACACACUCCAACUCCAUCCUAUUCUUUCUACCAAACACCUGGCAUUCUUUCAGGCAGCUUUAUCACUCCUGAUCUUAAUUCGACCCUGCCAGAGCAUGUUCAGACAAGCAUUAUUGGUAGCCAACCAGCCAAUCACUCCACCAUGCCCAUUGACACACCAUUCAUUCCUGCCUAUCAGCAUAGAAUGCCCAGUCAUGAUGGUCUCAUUCUCAGCAAUCAGCCUUCAACACCUAAUGGCUAUCAGCCUGGAGCAGUUGGCAGCCCAGUGCUUCCAAGGCAUGGCAUGGUUUCACAGGCAACACAAAGCAGCCCAAUGAUGAGUAGACAGAUGCCCAUUAGCCAGGGCACACAAAGUAGCCCCAUCCUGAACAGGCAAGGUUUCCCAAGUGGAUACCAGCCAUCUCUUGCCCAGCCUAUGAUUCAGCCCAACCAAAGCAGCCCGAUACUGAACAGACAAAUGCCUGUAAGCCAGGGCACACAGAGCAGUCCUACUCUGAGCAGACAAGGUCUUCAAAGCCCCCCAAAUGGGUAUCAGCCAGCCCUUACCCAGACUGUCAUUCAGCCCAGCCAGAUCAGUCCAGUGUUAAGCAGGCAGACAUCACUCACCCACACUGGCCAGAGCAGCCCUAUUCUGGGACGGCACCCCUCUGUCACUCAGGUGUCCCAUGGAAGCCCUAGUCUGGACAGGCACCCAAUGCAUAGCGGGUACACCACGCCAGAUGAGAGACAUGGUGCUCUGUCACGCCAGAGCAGCUCAUCAGGCUACCAUCCACCUUCCACCCCUUCUUUCCCUGUCUCCCCUGCUUCCUUCUCUGAUAAUUUUAGGCAGCCACAACUGCCAGAGAAAAGGCGCAUGUCUAGUGGCGAGCGCCCAAAUGGUGUACUUUCCUAUAGCACCCUCAAUGGGAAGGUGUCAUCACCCGUGUCUAGUGGAGGGAGCACUCCAAGUGUGCACUUCUUCCAUACACUUCCAGAUUUCUCCAAACUCAGCAUGUGUGUAGAUGGAAGCCCAGAAACCAGGAUGAAUGAAAAGUUUGUCCAAGACACUUCUAAGUUUUGGUAUAAACCAGACAUCUCCAGAGAGCAAGCUAUUAAUAUACUGAAGGAAAGGGAGCCAGGAGCCUUCAUUAUCCGAGACAGCCACUCCUUCAGGGGUGCCUAUGGUCUGGCAAUGAAAGUGGCCUCCCCACCCCCUUCAGUGCAGCCACCUAAGAAAGGCGACGUCACCAACGAGCUGGUGCGCCACUUCCUGAUUGAGACAAGUCCAAAGGGAGUGAAGCUGAAGGGAUGCCCUAAUGAACCCUAUUUUGGCUGCCUGUCUGCAUUAGUGUACCAGCACUCGAUUACUCCACUGGCUCUGCCCUGCAAACUCGUCAUACCCACAAAAGACCCCAAUGAGGAGAUAACAGAGGUUGCAACUCCAGUCAACCCAGCUACAGAGUUGCUUAAACAGGGUGCAGGGCAGAAGAGUCCUGUUGAAUCCCAUGCGUGCAACGUUCUGUUCAUUAACUCAGUGGAUAUGGAGUCUUUGACCGGCCCACAGGCCAUCGCCAAGGCGAUCUCAGAGACCAUGACUUCCAACCCCGCACCCACUGCCACUGUAGUCCACUUUAAGGUGUCAUCGCAAGGCAUCACCUUAACAGACAACCAGAGAAAACUUUUCUUCCGGCGCCACUACCCUAUCAACACAGUCACGUUCUGCGACCUUGAUCCCCAAGAGCGCAAGUGGAAUAAAGCAGAAGGUGGCACUGCAAAGUUUUUUGGUUUCGUGGCCAGGAAGCAGGGAAGCACAACAGAUAACGUCAGUCAUCUGUUUGCAGAGAUGGACCCCGACCAACCGGCUACCGCCAUCGUCAAUUUUGUCUCCAAAGUGAUGAUUGGCUCCCAAAAGCGAUGAGCUACUCUGGGAUAUUGUGCUUCUGCCCCUGGAGGACUGAUUCUCCCCCCCCUUACAUUUUCAUUCUUCAAAUCUUUAAUUGUGUGUGUGUUUGUGUGUGUGUGGUAAUGCUUGGGCGAAAAUCUGACUAUAGGCCCGGAUAUCAGAAUGAGUUUGCGUGUGUGUAUGUGUGCGUAUCAGAAGGUUUGUUUAGAUGGAAUAGGGAGUUGAGCUAAGAUGGGGAAAGAGGAAGUGCAGUGAAGAGGAGGAGUCAUGUGGUGAGGAAAAGGAGAGAGGUGAAAUUCAUCUUUGCAGGGUUAAACUUAGAUAAGAGGGAUGGAUGUCAUGGAGUUGCUUUUUUUUAAUAAAAAGGGAAAAAGGGAAAAAAAAGGUUGAUGAGACUGAUAUCAGGCAUUUGAAAUAACAUACCAAAGAUGAGACAGCUGUCAAGAGAAACAUGUAAUUAUUUAGAGGAUUUUCGUUUGUAAAAUAAGACUUGCUUGUUCGGAGGAUAUUACGUUCCUGUCUAUACAUAAAAUAUCAAUAUUCUUUUGCUUUCUGUGAAAAUGACAUCUGUAUUCUCUUGUUAGAAAUCCAAAAUAUUGUGCAUGUUAUCCCUUAUGCCCAGGCAUCACUGGCUCGCAUGGAGCAUGUUGGAUUAGGGACAGCUUUACUGACACGUGAAAAAGCAAACAUUUCAUGAGCAAAAAAAAAAAAAAAGUGUGGGACAGAUUCCACUUUUCACUCAACCUUUUCUAUGAUAUCGGUCUCUUUCUGUCUUCAGCAGUGUAGGGUAGUAUUCAAGACUGUAUUAUCAUUGGUCUGUAAAAGAUGUGUUGACCAGUCCUCUCUCUCUCUCUCUCUCUCUCUUGCUCUCUCUUGCUCUGCCUCUCUUUGUCUGCACAGUCUUCCCUUGUCUUCUGGUCACACGUUUCCUCAUCAACUCUUCCUAACAUGAGAACUGGUCCAUUUUUCACAGCUGUACUGACUUCAAGUCAGAUUGAAGCAGCCAGUGCAGUUCACCAGGUGCAGAUUUGGAUUUUAUUAGUACAUAAAGUAUCCAUAGGUCUUACUCAAAGCACACACACACACACACACACACACACACACACACACACACACACACACACACACACACACACACACACACACCUUUACAUAUACAUCAUACCCGAUAGUAAGCUAAAGGUAUCUAAAAAUAAGUAAGUCUAAAAGUGACUUAAAUAUUUAUUAUUUUGCUACAUUGAACUAUGUUAACUCAUAUACUUGCAUAUAUUGUAUAGUCUACACAAAGAUUAAAAAAAAAAAAGAAAAAGGAAAAAAUACUAUUUUUGGCUAAUAUUUCAAAAUCAGGCGGUUUUGAGACAUUCAGUUAUGUAUGAUGUAAAGUGUAUGUAUUUGAAAAUGUGUCAUUUGUGUUUUUUUUUCACUGCCAUGAUUUUUUUUAUUUUAGGCUUUUAUUUAGGAGCUGACACUGUUUUUGUAGAGGGGUGAAGGAUGUACACGUUUUUGCUAAAAGCUGAGAUUAUAUGCUCUUAACCAUGCUUCAUGCUUCAAUUGGAUUGUACUCAAGUGUUUUCCAGCAUAUAUAUAUAUAUAUAUAUAUAUAUAUAUAUAUAUAUAUAUAUAUAUAUAUAUAUAUAUAUAUAUAUAGUGAGAGAGAGUUCACUAGCUUUGCUAACACAUCUUCCCAUAUGAAUGGAUAAGGAGAAGGGGCAAAAAUGUUUCCCCUUUACAAGGAAAAAUCCACAGUGCCAUCAUGAGGCAUAUAUAGGUGUUGCAUCUUUUCUCAUUUCCUCACAUUUCAGCGCCUCCUAAUUAUUUAGGGACUUACUGCAGUGUUUUAACUGUAAUUGAAAGAAAAAAAAGAAAAAAAAAAAAAAGAAAAAAGUCAAACGGGUGUUUUCGUUUUUCUUAUAACAACCUUCCCAUUAUCAUCCCACCACUUUCAUUAUUACAAGGGUGUUUAAAGCAAAAAAUAAUAAUAAAUAAGUCAAAUGGUUCGUUGAGUGUGUAAAUAUUUUAUUUUGCCAAAGAUUUUAUCUCACUUUUGUAUGCCUUUUGCGUUUGAUUAAUGAUCACUCUCCAGUUGACUGAUGUGCCGAGCUGUGGCUCGGUACAGAGUCUGGCUUCAGCAUGAAAAUGCAUUUGGCUGCUCAGGCCAUAUAUUCCAUUAGCCUUAAGAAAUACACCAGUAAUAAUGCAAAGCACUUAACAUUCACGAGCUCGCAAAAAGAGCAACGAGAAAACUAUUAAUUGUGUUGUAGAGAUCGCUGAAAGUCUUCCUUCGGCAAUUCAAACAGUAUAAAAUAGUAAAGUGCAUUAAAGAUCACGUGCUUGUAUGCAUCGCUUGUCUUAUGCCACAUUUUCACUUGACUUGCAGGUAUAGAACUGUUCACUUACUAUUUAUUGUGUAGUUGACAAUAUGUUUCAAGAUUUUGAUCCUAAAGCCUUUACAAAAAACUAUAUAUCCCUCUGCCAUAUUUCUGUGUUUAAGUCAACAGUGUUGCUUCUCUCCAUGCACCCAGUUAUUAUAGCUCUUGGCCUAGAAUGUGUGAAUGUGCUACUAUUGCUGUACAGAACCCUGUGUUAUUUGCAUUAUAUUGUAUGGCUUAAUUGUUUUUGCAAGACAAAAAAAAAAAACGUAUUAAAAAGCAACCCAACUCAGAAACAUUAAAGUACACUGUUGCUUGGAA